CAGGAGCAUAAAAGACUGAGGAGGAGGAAGCUGCUGUUGGUAGUCACUUUUGUGGCUUCUUCUCUGAGAAGGUGGAAAAGGAUAUCUCUUCAUAAACAGAGGUGGAGCGUGGAAACCGGCUGGGAUUGGAAGAUUCGCAGGUGCAGCAGAUCGCAACCCCUCCAGGCCUCUUGAGUGCAAAGCCAUGGCUCAGAAGAACCCCAAAGACAACGGCAUUACCUUCCCCUACAGAGACCUGGCCUCCGAGGUGACCAGGCGCAGAGUGACCAUGACCACGAGAGAAGAGAUAAUUACCAAGGAAAGUGAUGACGCUAGGGAGAUGCACACUCAUGAGGAUUUGGAACGAGACCCUUCCCCCAGCAUGGCUCAUCCUACGGUCCCCCACGCCCCACCUCCUUCUCCUGCGGAGGAUCCCACAGCCUCCUAAACAUAGGGAAGCUGUUAUUUUGAAGUGGACUCUUACAUAACACUUCAGGAAGCAGCUUUAGUGACGUGCUUGGGGUUGUUUGAAGACGGUCUUGGAAGAUCUUUAUUCCUCCCUGGUUUCCUCCUCCUGGAGCCAGUUACAUGUUGUCUAUCCUCACCAAUGCACUUGGAGUGACUGAGUUUUUCAAGCCAGGUCUCUGAUGUGAUAAGUCUAGAGAUGAUCUUGAAUUUCUGCUUUGCUGCAGAACACUUACUGUAGUCAGUUACAUAUGAAUUAAAAAAAUGAUCAAGCCUUGUUUGUUACUUAAUCUUAUAAAACAGCCAUGUGGGGCCAGCAGGUAGAGUGGAGGUUAAGGCACUGGAUUCCACAUGGG